UUGUAUUAUAUAUUUAUAUAUAUAUAUAUAUAUAUAUAGCAUAUGGUUAGAUGCAAAGAGUGAUGAGUAAUUUUGAAGAGUAAAAAUGGCAUCUCAUGAUGAGACCAGUGCUCAAACUCAGAGUGAUUUAACUAUCAUGGAUCAGGAGAAGAAGAACCAAGCUGCAAAGGAAAAGGCCCAAGAGGAGAAUGAUGAAAGUAAAGAACGGGCCUCUGAGAUGGGCCGGUGUAUGAAGGAAUGGGCCCAGUAUGGAAAGGAGAACACUGGUACCGGUGGGUUCUUGCAGCAAACUGGGAAAAAGGUCAAAGAAAUGGCGCAUGGUGUUUCUGAGAGUGUGAAGAACAGCUUUGGUAUGGCCCCACAGAACGAUGAUGAAGAUGAAGAGUACUAUUACUACCCAACCCAGCAUCGCAGAGAAUAAACUUUCUUGAAUAUAGUUUAUGACACUGAGAAUCUUUCAUCGUAUGAACAUAGAUUCUUUUGUUUUGAACAUGUGAUUAAAAUGUUUCUUAUGGCUUGAGUUUUCUUCAGCUAUUGCUAUUUUAUUGGGUGUUUUUAUAUGAA